AAGCGAUGUCCUGAGUGAUGAAGUAGUGAAAAAACAACCGGCGUUAUUAUUUAUGAAUAUGGAAGUAUGUCGGGAAUUUUGGACACAGCUAGAAGAGGACAUUUUCAGGAAGUAGGAAGGUUGAUUGAAUGUGGUGCUGACGUUAACGAAAAGGAUCUGUAUGACAAGUCAGUUCUUCAAUUUGCUGCAGAAUCCGGAUCAGUGGAAACUGUCAAAUGUUUAGUUGAACGUGGUGCGAAUGUAAAUUCUGAAAACAGGUGGAAUGAAUCUGUUCUGAACUUCGCGGUGGAAUUUGUUUUUUUCGAAAUUGUUAAAUACUUAAUUGCACGAGGUGCGAAUGUCAAUUCUAAAAACGAUAGAAAUGAAAGUCCUCUUCACCUCGCUGUUCAAUCUGGUUCUCUUGAAAUUGUCAAACAUUUAGUUCAACAAGGCGCGGACGUAAAUUGUAAAAAUGUGUGGAAUGAAACAGCUCUUGACUAUGCUGUAAUAAGUGGUUCAUUAGAAAUUGUCGAGUAUUUAAUUCAACAUGGUGCUGAGGUGACAAAUGAAGAUAAUUGUGGCGAGAAUACUGUUGUAUUUGCAGCUGAAUCUGGUUCUUUAGAAAUUCUCAAGUAUUCAGUUGAGCAUGGUGCGAAUGUGAAUUCUCGAAACGAUAGGAAUGAAAGUGCUCUUCACCUUGCUGUUCAAGCUGGUUCCCUGGAAAUUGUCAAAUAUUUAGUUGAACAUCAUGCUGAGGUAAAUUGUAUAAAUGUGCUGAAUGACACUGCUCUUGACUAUGCUGCGAUAACUCAUUCAUUAGAAAUUGUGGAGUAUUUAGUUCAACAUGAUGCCGAGGUAACAAAUGAAGAUAAUCUUGGCGAGAAUGCAGUUUUAUUUGCAGUUGAAUCUGGUUCUUUAGAAAUUCUCAAGUAUUUAGUCGAGCAUGGUGCGAAUGUGAAUUCUCGAAACGAUAGAAAUGAAACUGCUCUUCACCUUGCUGUUAAAGCUUGUUCCCUGGAAAUUGUCAAAUACUUAGUUGAACACAAUGCGGAUGUAAAUUGUAAAAAUGUGCUGAAUGAGACUGCUCUUCACUAUGCUGCGAUCAUUGGUUCGUUAGAAAUUGUUAAGUAUUUAGUAGAGCACGGUGCUGAGGUAAGAAGUGAAGAUCAUUGUGGCGACCACACUGUUCUAUUUCUGGCUUGUAAAAAGGGGAAUGGCUUAAUUGUUAUCUAUCUUCUUGAACAUGGAGCUGUGGUCAACAUAGAUACGUGUGAUGUUAGAAUGCGUUCUCCUUUAAGAAUAGCAUGCGAGAAAGGCCACAUAGGAGUAGUUAAAAUAUUACUGAAGUUCAAAGUCGACUUACGAAAAGAGAAAAAAUUGUUUUUUGACAAUGAUGAAAUCAUGGAUAUUCUUAAGCUGGAGUUGGAGUCAAUUAAACGUCGGGAGAGUAUACAGAUUUUUAGCGCAACAGAUGAUGCAAAGGUAAUAGAAUGAUUGCCAUAUUGAAAUUGUGUUAUUUGAAUAGUAAUAUGCACGGGCUGGUUGUGCAAAGGAUCGAUAGCGCUGUCCACCCGAUAGUGAUUUUUUCAACUUUCUAAAAUUGUUAUUUUAAUGGUACAACACAGAUUAAACUUUAGUAUUCAUUAAUUAAAGUUUGUCUUUAUUUAUUGUUAGUUCGCUCUCGAAACGUUGAUUAAGAAAUAGAAAACGCGUCGCGUGCGUUUAUGGUGUGUUAUUCACGGCAGCGAUGCUGGGAGAAUACGGAAGAAGCUGUGUUCCUUUGGUCUAUUGUUUUUGGUUUAUGAUUUUGUAUUUAAAAACUCUACAGUUUUCGGUUUAUAUUUUUGGCUAAAAAGCAGAGAUGAAGCGGGAAAAAAACACAGAAAGAGCGGUGGCGCAAGGUAGUGUCACAGAACACAGUGCAUUAUUGCGUUAUAAUGCUCGUGCUUUAGCCAGUUAAAUUGCAUGUUAUAUCCACUUAUAUUAUUAUAAUGGCUUUUCUUGCAUUUCUACUACGGUUGAAAAAAUCACUAUCUAAGGUUAGAGCCUUGUGGGACCCCACAUCUGAUUUCUCUUGCUGACGACAUUACCAUUACCAUUAUAGCUUACCAUUAGCCGAGCAAACUUGCUUUCUAUUCUUGAGGUACAGUACGACUUGAACCAGUGUAAGCUAACCUCCCUUAUAGCGUACAGUUAAAGUUUUGAUAGCAAGAUUACAUGAUCAACACUGUCAAAAGCUUUUUUAAGGUCAAGAAAUAAAACACCGCUUAUUAAACCUUUAUCCAUGUUAAAAAACCAUUCAUUUGUAGAGCUACUGUAAGUAAUGUUGUUUCCGUAGAAUGUUGGGAACAGAAACCAGACUGUUACUCCACAAGAAUGUUAUUUUCUGCCAUAAAUGACCUUAACUGCUGAUAAACUAAUUUCUUAAAAAUUUUUUGCAACAACAGGAAUAACAGAAAUUGGUCCGUAAUUUCCGCAAUAACUUUUCUUUCCUUCCUUAAAGAUUUUAGAAACUUUAGCUAACUUCCUGUCGUUGUGGGAACAUAGCCCUUUGCAAAGAUAAAUGUAAAAUGUUAAGCAAUGGCACAUGCAGCAACAAUAAGAGCAGCAUCUUUUACUAAGUCUUGUACUAAGUCCGUCUAGGCCUGGUGAUUUUUUUGGUUUUAACAGGUUUAAUGCACCUCUUGUAUUGCAAUAUUUCUAAAAUCAAAUUAUUUAUAAUAUGCAGGAGUCACAAAGCUAAAGGAAUCAAUGCCAUUUUCAAUAUCAACUUCAAUAUUAUCAAUUUCAGGUUUGGAAAGUAUAGUGACUUGGUUAGCAGGGCGAGCGGUUCUAAAUGCAAGUAUUUCUAGUGCUUCCAUGAAAGAUUGUAUUUUGCUGUUUUUAUCUUGUUUCUUCAGACAAUAAGUCUUGAAACUUGUUCACAUGCAACUGCCAACCGUAAGAAAACUGCAACACCUUGACCUAUUAACUCAAGUUGCACAAUAACAACCUGUAACCUGGAAGACUUACCAGUCCAUUUGAAAGUCCAAUAUUUCUUACGUCCAAAAUUAUUUCUUCUGCCAAAAAUUAUUUUGAUAAAUAUUUUCACAUAAUCAAUCUGCUCAAGUAUAUGGCCUAGUCACAGUGUUGUUAACCACUGUUACAAAUUAAGGUAUUUUCAACUGAACAAAAAGGUUUAAAUACUUGUACCUGAGAAGUAUCAUGAUAUUGUGCAAUCAUCUAAAGCGUUAACCACAAGUUCUUGUAUGUAUUAUAGUAAGGUUGAGGUGAUGUCAGCAUUAAGUAAAUAUUAAGAAUAGAUCCCUUAGCAGGAAUAUAUAUCCGGAAUAGUAGACUAUUCUUUGCCAUGGUUUUAUUUCUUUUGAUAAAAGACAAGGCUGGCCCCAGUCUGCUACAGUGGGGGUGGGGGUGGCUUGUAAUAUGGCGAUCGUUGUGUUAAUUUAAUACAAGGUUGAUCACAUGACUAUGGCUAUGACUGCAUUCAUGUUUGGAGGUACCCCUAUGGGGGUAGUUGAGGGUACCCCAAUUGAGUUUUUAAGGGGGGGGGGGCAUACGCCCAUUGUGGUGUUUCAGGGUACUCUAAUGGUGUAUUUGGGUUUGGUGUACGGGAAUGAAGAGUAGAAAAAGAGGAGGAAUAGUAGGUUAAAGUAUUUUAUUUUAGACAAUUUCCCAUAACCUUUGAAUAAACGAAUUUAAAUUCUUGCAAAUCUACUGUUUUAUUGAAAAAAAACAACCAAAACUUGUUUUUGCUCAUUUUCAUAAUUUUUAAAAUAUUUUUUUGCAACUGGCCGCAAUUUACUGACCAGCGACAACAAUAUCCCCGCCUGUUCUUCACUAAUGCUUUCUUCUUCCAGGGUGUAAAUAGCCCAGCUGAAUUAGUACGCUCGCCCGGGAAUGGCGCUUCUCGCCGUUGGCUUGGUGAUAAUCAUAACCAUAUUUUAUUAAGUACUUAGAAUUUUGAAAUUUUUUCUUUAUAUGCGCAAGUUAAACACUGUUGAAAAAGAACUUCAGAUAAUUUCGUCAGAUAAUUUUUGUUUGUAUUUUUUCUGUAUACAAGUUCUUUGCACAUUUAAUAUUAACCUUCUGUAUAUUUUAGGGACCAAACUUUGUGGCUUUGUAUAAUUUUGAAGGACAAGACAGUGACGAUCUCAGUUUUGAAGAGGUGUGUGCUAUGCGUUCAUUACACUGUCUGUAUAUGAUUGUAUAAUAUUAUUAAGUACUAUUUAAAAAACGAGCAGGAG